AUGGCCGAGCACGACGAUGAGGCCGUUGGCGAGCUCGAGUCGCAGCUUGGCUGGACUUCUGGCCACUCGGCUGGAGGCGGAUACUUUGUCCAAGGCAACAGACUCUAUAAUAACAGCACUUGGACGUACCGCUUUCCAUCAGACUCUCAUGAAGUUGUGAGGAUGGACAGGCAGCACUUUGUCCUUCUGCGGAGUCUUCCGGGAUUGUAUCGAGGUCCAGUGGACGUUGUGCUGAAGAGGCCUGGAGUGCGGAGACGCAUACUAGAUAUAGGAUGCGGCACUGGUGUAUGGACAUACGAGAUGGCAGAGGCUUUUCCCCAAGUUGAGUGCGUCGGAAUCGACAUCAUGCCUAUACACCACGAACAUGAGCUUCCCAACCUCACCUUUCUCUGUGCCAACGCUCCAUCAGACCUCCGAACAUUCGCCGACAGCUCUUUCGACGUCGUCCAUUUGCGGCUCAUGUUGACUGCCACAAGCCAGUACGAAGAUAUAGUGAAGGAAGUGCAUCGUAUCCUGAGACCUGGGGGUCUAAUUCUUAUACACGAAGUGCAUGUCACUUUUGUGAGUGCUUGGGAGGGGUUCAGGCCGGAGGAUCUUAUGCCUGCCAUGACUCAGAUGACGGUCCUUGUUCGAGAAGCGUUCCGGUACCGAGGCGUCAGACUGGAGUUCUUUGAAAGCAUGGCCAACGUCCUCUCCUCUGCCGGAUUCAGCCCAGAAGAUACCGACACGUAUUACCACUACCGCCAAGGGUGCAACAACCAACCAGACAGCCAGUUUGGUCAAGAAGAUGCGGAAAACUUUAUCGCAUACGCUUUUGCCUGCCGCCUCGUCCUUCUCGAAUCUGGCGUGACUGAUGAAGAGGGGUUCGAUCGUCUGUGGAGGCAAAUGUCGCUCGAGGUCAGGGGUCAGUCUUCGGGUGUUGGGGGACCGCUAGGUGGACAGGGGGUGCUCUCGGCUUGGGGAUAUUGGUGGGCUCUCAAGCAUUGA